GCUCCGGGGCCGCGUUUGAAUCGGGCAGCGCCUGCCCCGCUCCUGCCGCCGCCUCUCUCCUCACCGGCCGCGGCCUAGAGAGACCCGCUCCGCUCCUCUACCUCCGCUCCUCCAGCACCCGCGGCGGCACCCGGCUUCCAGCAUGAACGCGGUAGGCGGGAAGGCGGCCAGACCGGCGGCCCGAGUAGAGCCCGUCCGGGCGGGCGGUUCGGCAACGGCGGCGGCGGCGGCCGCCUCCGGCGGGAAGGAGGUACCGAAGGUGCUGGUGGAUCCGCGGACCCGGCGCAACUUCGUGCGCGGCCGGUUCUUAGGGAAAGGCGGCUUCGCCCGGUGCUACGAGCUGGCGGAGGCGGAGAGCCGGGAGGUGUUCGCCGGGAAGGUGGUGCCCAAAUCGCUGCUGGUGAAGCCCCAGCAGAAGGAGAAGAUGUCCAUGGAGAUCGCCAUCCACCGCAGCCUGUCCCACCGCCACGUCGUCGGCUUCCAGGGCUUCUUUGAGGACGCCGAUUUCGUCUACGUCGUGCUGGAGCUCUGCCGCCGCAGGUCGCUGCUGGAGCUGCACAAGCGGCGGAAGGCGCUGAGCGAGCCCGAGGUGCGGUACUACCUGCGCCAGACCAUCCUGGGCUGCCAGUACCUCCACAGCCAACGCGUCAUUCACCGGGACCUCAAGCUGGGCAACCUCUUCCUCAGCGACGACAUGGAGGUGAAGAUCGGUGACUUUGGCCUGGCCACCAAAGUGGAGUAUGAUGGUGAACGCAAGAAGACUCUGUGUGGGACCCCCAACUACAUUGCCCCGGAGGUGCUGGGCAAGAAGGGACACAGCUUUGAGGUGGAUAUCUGGUCCAUCGGCUGCAUCAUGUGAGUCAAAAUGUCUCUU